UGAGGGUGAGAGAGAGACACAGAGUUGCUAACAAAGCCAGCAGGGACAUAACGCCGAAUCUGUGGACGAUAAGGGGAGAGAGAGAGAGAGAGGGAGGAGGAGGAGGAAGAAGAUGAAGGUCGUGUGCGCAAAGCAAUGCCUGCUAAUCACAGAAUUCGAUGCUCUGCUUCCUCACGGAUUUUGACGUUUUUUUUCGUGAAUUAAAAUAUUAAACUCUGAAGCACUCGCGCACUGGAGAAAAGAAAAAGCGAGCUCUGGAAUUGGUGGAAGUUCUGCGCAGCAAGAAGAGCGGUUAAACUCUCACGGUCCGGCGAAGAAAGUUGAAACUGACUCUUCUAGUCUGUUCACGAUUGAAGAUCUUGAACAACAAUGCCGUUUUUGAGAAGAUCCUGCCGAGGAGCUCUUGAUCCAGCUUGAAACAAAGCAAAUUGCUAUUCAAUUCAUCGACAAAAUCAGCUUUGCUGUGCCUUCAGUUCAGCAAUGCUAAAAUCUUAAAGUUCUAUCAAAGUCUAAGCCAUUGGCUGAAAAGAACGGUUGGUGAGAGGUGAAGAUGUCCUCGUGGGACAAUAUUGGGGAGCUUGCAACGGUGGCCCAGCUCACGGGGCUCGAUGCGGUGAAGCUGAUUGGGAUGAUUGCGAAGGCGGCAAACACUGCGCGAAUGCACAAGAGGAAUUGCAGGCAAUUUGCCCAGCACUUGAAGCUGAUCGGGAACUUGCUGGAGCAGCUCAAGAUCUCGGAGCUCAAGAAGUAUCCGGAGACCCGGGAGCCUUUGGAGCAGCUUGAGGACGCGCUGAGAAGGUCCUACAUUCUAGUCAAUAGCUGCCAGGACCGGAGUUACCUGUAUCUAUUGGCAAUGGGGUGGAACAUUGUGUACCAAUUCCGUAAGGCCCAGAAUGAGAUCGACAGAUACUUGCGGCUUGUCCCAUUGAUUACUCUUGUGGACAAUGCGAGAGUCAGGGAAAGACUGGAAGUUAUUGAAAUGGAUCAACGAGAAUACACAUUGGAUGAAGAGGACAGACAGGUGCAGGAUGUGAUCCUGAAACCAGACCCCUCAAGUAAUGAUGCUAUGGUGUUGAAGAAAACUCUUUCUUGUUCCUACCCGAACUUGCCUUUUUGUGAAGCACUGCACAAGGAAAAUGAAAAGCUUCAAUUUGAACUACAACGUUCACAAGCUCACUUGGACGUGAGUCAAUGUGAAGUAAUUCAACGUUUGUUAGAUGUAACCGAAGCUGCUGCAAAUGUCCUUCCAGAGAAAAGUUUGCCCGAAAAAGGUCACAAAAAAUUGGAACGGAGUUAUUCAGAUGCCAACAGUGACAAAGAGCAUUCAGCUGAUGAAGGCUAUCAUCAGAAGAUUGACACUCGUACAACUUCAAGAAAAACGACUAGAGGUUCACACCAGCAUGAAGAAUGGCAUACUGAUCUACUCGGUUGUUGUUCAGAACCUUGUCUGUGUAUAAAAACCUUUUUAUUUCCUUGUGGGACAUUUUCAAAGAUUGCAACUGUAGCAACUGACAGGCAUAUGUCUUCAUCAGAGGCAUGUAACGAAUUGAUGGCAUAUUCAUUGGUGUUGUCAUGCUGUUGCUAUACUUGUAAUGUCAGAAGAAAGCUUCGCAAGACGUUGAACAUCACGGGAGGGUUUAUUGAUGAUUUCCUCUCACAUUUGAUGUGUUGCUGCUGUGCCCUUGUCCAAGAAUGGCGAGAAGUGGAGAUCCGUGGGGUUUAUGGUCCUGAUAAGACAAAAACAAGCCCCCCAACGUCACAGUACAUGGAAUCCUAAAUGACAGAAUGGAAGCAUUGUUUAGUGGUUUUGAAAUUUAUAUACUUUGGCAGACAUAUAUAGGGGUAUAAGUCAGUUGGCAGUGUCACAGGAACUUGUAUGGCUAUAUGUGUAAUUACCUUACCCAUAUGUAAUGUAGCGGUCUGUGUCUAUUAAAUUCAGCACAUGGUAUAUCAUAGACAAAUUUUUAGUGUUGUUUAUGUUUAAUUGGUUUUUUAAGAUUA